AUGACGGAUACCUAUUCCUUAACUUUUAUUGCACAUGAUUCUACUUUGACCAGUGAGCAGCGUCAGCAAAUUCAAGACUUCGUGACAUCUCUCAAAAACUUGCAAAUUCUUGGAAAAGAGGAGCUCUCAAAAGACAGAGUCAUUGACUUUCAGGUCACAACCUCAACGCCUGAUAUUGUUAAAAACACGAUCAGGUCUCAAAUUGAACAACAUGACCUAGCUUAUGAUGUGUAUUUGCAGAAAACCUUCGAAAGAAAAAAAAAAAAGUUGUUUAUCUUUGACAUGGAUUCAACGUUGAUUUACCAAGAAGUUAUUGAAUUGAUAGCGGCAUACGCUCAGAUCGAAGACAAGGUUGCGGAAAUCACAGAGAGAGCCAUGAACGGUGAGAUUGAUUUUACUGAGUCGUUGCGUGAGCGUGUUCUCCUAUUGAAAGGCAUCGAUGCUACCACGUUGUGGGAUGAGUUGAAGCUCAAAUUGCGGAUCACAAACGGCGCUCGCGAACUUUGCAAAGCCUUGAAGUCCUUGGGAAUAGUCAUGGGAGUGUGCUCCGGAGGAUUUCUCCCAUUAGCUUCAUUUGUCAAAGAACAACUCGGUUUAGACUACGCAUACGCCAACAACCUCGGUGUUGACAAAACAAAUAAGCUUGAUGGGACAACUUUCGGGCCCAUCGUCAAUGGUGAGAUGAAAGCUCAGUUGUUGCUCGAGAUUGCACAAAAGCAUGGUAUCGAUCCACAAACUGCUGUUGCCGUUGGUGAUGGAGCAAAUGACUUGAAAAUGAUGAGCGUUGCAGGGUUUGGUAUUGCAUGGAACGCUAAGCCUAAAGUCCAAUUGGAAGCUCCAUGCUGCCUCAACACCAAUUCAUUAAAAGAUAUAUUAUACAUCAUGGGUUUCAAUGACGAAGCCAUCAAAAGACUCAUAGAGUAA